GUUCGCAAGUUUUGUAAGGUGAAUAAUAUUGGUUAAACUACUGAACAAUCAGCAAAAUGUCUCUCGGGCCAUUCUUUCGUUCGCCAUUCACCGAUCUGACCGCUUCGAUGGUCAACUUCCAACAGUACGACAAGUGCGGUGAGCUGGAGAUGGCAUCUAUCGACUGUCUGGAAGCAUACGGCACUGUUCGAGGCGCAAAAAAGUGCGCGGAUCUGCUCGCUGAUUUCCAGGAGUGUGCGUUUAUGGCGAAACAGAUCGCCAGAUUCCGGGCCAUGCGAUUGGAGCGACAUCGACAGGGAUUUAACGGUGAGCGUAAGGGUGAUGAUUACUAUGCGCCCCCACCACGCGUCGAUGCUUACUAGACCCAGAGUGCAUGCUGAUGCAGCCCGCACCGUAGAGGAACACGUCUAUUCCUUGUAAAUUAAUAUUGAAAUACAUUACUGAAGA